AUGGACGUGUACACGGACGCCAAGUGUCGAACGGAUACAUCAUUGAACAUGGAGUGGCAGGCCUCGGAAGUGGAGUUUGGCUUCGCCGCUUGCGUGCAGCGCCGCCGUGCUACCGUGAACAUGUCGGCACAAGGUCAAUCCCACUCUGUUCUACGAGAAUCCUUCCGUGCCACACUGGUAGACCUCGUUGGAGUGGGUGAGGCCAAGCUGUCGCUGCCUUGA